AAUUUAAAAUGUGUGAAUAAAGAGUACGAAGAUCGAAUUCCAAUUUCUCCUGUAUCCUCUUAGGGCAAGUUUGGCACCUGAGGACGGUAGAGCGGGAAUCAAAAUUUUAAAAUGUGAAAUACCCAGAAUAUAGGAAAACUGAACAACCAGAACCUUGAUAAGAAAGGAAAGCACAUUUUUGGUGUUGGUCAAUCCGUUUAAAUCCGUGGAUGACAGAAUUUGUUCUGUAGUGUAACCCAAGUAGAACCAGAGCACGCAAGCAAUGGUGAAGGGGCGGGAAAGUGAAGAAGGCGAAGAAAGAGAGAGCAGGCGGCAGCCUCAAAGCCUCAACCAGAAGAAUGCCCAAGCGCUUCAGACGUUGGCUCGCCUCCGAGCGGAGAGACAAAAACUUCGCCCAAUUCAAAUCAAUUCCGAUUUGAAAUCCAUUCCAGACAAAUGUGAAUCAAAAGAAACCUCGCCGAAGAAUCAGGAAAAGGGCUUGGAUAAGGUCAGAAUUACUGGAAGACGGAGGCUGUGUAAGGUUUCUGCUAAUACUGUUACUUCAAGCUCCCAUAGUCUACCGUCUGAUGGGUCCCAAGCAGAGGAAGGUAGUGGUGAGAAUUAUUUUAAAGCAUGCGAUGAGGAAUACCAUGGGUUAUACAGUCAUCCAAUGGCCAAUAAUGUAUCUUCCAAGAGCAAAAAUGAAAGAAAGAUCAGUGUGAAUGAAAUAAGUUCAAAGCUUCAUUCUCUGAACAUCAAGAAUUGCGAGUCCUUCAAUACAGCAGAUAUUGGUAAAGAAAAGUUUAAUGUAGAAUGUAGGGCCAGUAUUAGUGAUACAUUUAACUCUCUCAGUGAUAGUUCAGUUGAUGAGUGCAAUGGUGAUGAUGAAUAUGAGGUUGAGGACGAAAAAAAUGAGUCAAAGGGUUGGCAGGAUGAGGAGUCUGCAUGUAGUGGCAAGGACACAAAGGAUGAAGCCAAAAGCCCCGUUCACAGCUCUGAUGCUCCAGAUUUUGAGAGUGCACAAUCGGCAUUGUCUUCAUUGUCUCAUAAGGGUGACGAUGGUGAAGAGAAUUAUGCUGAAUCAACUAGAGAUACAUCAUUCUUUAUUGGUGCUGGUUUUGGGGAUCAAGAAGAUGCUCCUAAGCUGUUAAACACUAAAACGGAUCAUAUGCAUGGUAUCUUUUGUGCAAAUAAUGCCAAAGUCAUGCCUUCAAAGGUAGUUGAACAAAAUAAAAAUAUGUCUCAAGUUUGUACAGCAGUAGAAGUCUCUUCUUCUGCUUCGGAGCCUGAUCCUGUGUGUUCCGAGAAUGAUAACGAUUUACUAGAAUCUGCAAAGUCUGUGAAGGUCAGAGCAAAUAGUCGUGCAUCUCUUGUGAAGGGCAAUAAUGAGCAAGAUGCAUAUGAAAUAAAUGCUAGUGACAAGGAAGACACUUCUUCAGCAGCAGCAGAAGAUGCUAUUGUCUUCACUGAUGAUAAUAAAACUUACACACUCAAUGGGAAAAUUGCAAAACACUUGUAUGCACAUCAACGUGAAGGAAUCAAGUGGUUUUGGGAUCUUCACUGUAAAUGUAGAGGAGGCAUUCUAGGUGAUGACAUGGGUUUGGGAAAAACAAUGCAGGUGUCUGCAUUUCUGCUGGGGCUAUUUUCCUCAAAUAUUAUUAAACGUGCUUUGAUUGUGGCUCCAAAAACGCUUAUUGCACAUUGGAUGAAAGAGCUAUCUUUUGUUGGCCUUGCAAGGAAGACUAGAGAUUACUCUGGAAGUUCAGGAAGUGCUCGUGAGUAUGCUCUUCUGCAGGUUCUUCAGGCUGGAGGCAUUCUCCUAACAACAUAUGAUAUUGUGAGGAAUAAUCGGAAAGCAAUAAGAGGCGAGUAUGAAGGCAAUGAUGGAUUUGAGGAUGCUAGUGAAGAUAAUUUUACAUGGGAUUAUGUCAUAUUGGAUGAGGGUCACAUCAUAAAAAACCCUAGUACACAGCGUGCCAAAAGCCUUCGAGAGAUACCAAGUAAACAUCGCAUUAUUAUUAGUGGUACACCAAUUCAAAAUAACCUAAGGGAAAUGUGGGCUUUAUUUGACUUCUGUGUUCCAGGACUUCUUGGAGACAAAAGAGAUUUUAAGGGAAAAUAUGAGGAGCCUAUUUUGCGAUCAAAUGAUAAGAAAGCAUCUCAAAGACAAAAAUGGAUAGGAUCCAAAGUUGCAGAGGACUUGAGACACAAAAUUCAGCCAUAUUUUUUGCGUCGUAUGAAGACUCAAGUCUUUCCAGAAUCCGGCGAUUCUACAAGUACAAAACUAGCUAAAAAGGAUGAUAUAAUUGUUUGGUUGAAAUUGACAGGUUACCAGCGGCAAGUUUACACAGCUUAUCUUAAAAGUGAAGCGGCUACUAAAGCCUAUGAGCCGUCAUCUAAGGGAAGGGCCUUGGCUGCUCUAACUGUAUUGAAAAAAAUUUGUGACCAUCCUGGACUUUUGACCAAAAGAGCAACUGAUGACAUAGCUGAAGGAAUGGAGUCCAUGUUUGAAGGAGAGGAGGAUGAUGUGUUAGAAGAGAUGCAGGAAGAAGUUUCUUUUGCAGAGGAGAUAGCGAAAUCCAUAGGAAAUAAUGAUGCCUUGGAAUGUGGCCAGAGGAGAAACAGAAGCAUGUCCUGCAAGAUAGCUUUUUUGAUGGUCUUAUUGCAUAAUCUCAUUUCAGAGGAACAUCGAGUCCUAAUUUUUGCUCAGACUCGGAAAAUGCUAGAUAUUAUUCAGGAGGAAAUAAAGUGCAAAGGCUAUGAUUUUCGCCGUAUUGAUGGCACAUUGAAGGCAUGCGAUAGAGCAAAACUUGUAAAUGAGUUCCAAUCUAGUGACACAAUUUCCAUCUUUUUGUUGACAUCACAAGUAGGCGGUCUAGGGCUUACACUUACUGGAGCUGAUCGAGUAGUAGUUGUAGAUCCAGCUUGGAACCCCAGCACAGACAAUCAAAGUGUUGAUCGUGCUUACCGCAUUGGGCAGCUAAGAAAUGUUCUUGUCUAUCGUCUAAUGACAUGUGGGACAAUUGAAGAAAAGAUUUAUCGAAAACAGGUAUUCAAAGGAGGUCUGUUCAAAACUGCAACAGAACACAAACAGCAAACUCGAUAUUUCUCUGAACAGGAACUUCGUGAUCUCUUCACCAUACCAGAAAGUGGAUUUGAUGUUUCCUUGACUCAGAAACAACUCCAUGAGGAGCAUGACAGUCAACAUGAAAUUCAUGAUUCUUUAAAGAAACAUCUUACUUUCCUAGAAGGCCAGGGGAUUGCUGGAGUAAGUCAUCAUAGCAUGUUGUAUUCUAAGACAGAAACAGUGCAAGCACCACCACCUGGAGAUGAAGAUUCAUUCAAGUGGGAUAUGAGGAGAAAAGAGUUCACAGCGCCCCUUUAUGGAUAUUCUAUUUCAAAAUCGGCAAAGGAUGAUGUUGUGCUUGGACAUGAAUUUGCAUUCAGGCCAAAGGAUCUAAAUGCUGGAGAUCAUAGACCUAUUAUACGUGACACUCUACAUAUACAUAACAAUGAAGCAAAGAAAAUUGGCAUCAAGGAGAAUAUCAUCCGUCUUGAGAAAACUCUUGCAAAUAAGGCUUUAUUGGCCAGACUCCCAGACAAAGGGGAAAACUUACAAAAGAAAGUGAGGGAUUUAACAAAUCAACUCAUUAACCUGCAAAGCAUUUCUUCUGAAAGCGUUGUAGAACUUGUACCUGAGAGUUCAUCUGAUUCAGUUCUUUCCAUUGAAAAGGCUAAUGCCUCAUCAUCAUGUAUUGAAUCUGAACGAAGCAAUCAAUUGAUUGCAACAUCUCAUAAAGAGAAUAUACACAGAGAAAGAGAGGAUUCUGUUUGGAAUGGUGACAAGGUUAUUAACCUUGAAGACAUUUCUUCAGAUUUUCAAAAAUUAUCUGUUCAGGUUAUAAAGGACUAAGAAGUAGGAUGUUGACACUCAGAUGCCAGCUGUGUACUUUGACAAAGCUGCAUAGCUUGUGUUAUUUUGAGGGUGAAUUGCUAUUGUAUAUUUUUGUAUGGGCUUACCAAUUUUGCAUACGUCGAUUGAUCCCUUUUAGUGGGAAUAUGGAUUUCUAGUUGUCCAAUGUAGUUGAGUACAAUUGAUGUGCAAGUGAUUUUUUUAUUAAUUUUCUACAUCGAUUGUAUAUUGAAUGGACAUAUUUAAAUCGACAUCUGACUGAAUUGAUGUGAAACAUUCAGUGGUGUCAUUUCAUAUGAAUUACCCUUUAUUGUAAUAUUUUUUGAUUGGUC